UCCUCUAUCUCACACAUUCUACCCCCUCCUCUCUCCCUCUCUCUCAUCACAGUGCAGUGUGUAUAUGCUCAUAGCUGCAGUAUACAGGGACACAGAGAUUUUUUUUUUGUGUGUGUGUGCGCAAGAGAGCAUUUCCACAGAUGCACAUAUUCAUUCUUGUUCACAUGCCAGAAGACUUAUGUUUUCACACAUGCAUGUUCUCACACAUGCCAGCUUGCCGUGCAGCUGAACAGGGGAUGCACAACGGUGGAUUCACAAGGUGAUAAAGCACUUCCCUCUACCUCUUUUACCUUCUCUCUCCAUCAUGUCCUUUUUUCUUUUUACCCUGUUGCUCUUACCUUCAGUUACUGUCACCACAUCUCCUCCAAAUUCGUCCACCUGUGGACCAAGUCCUGAACUAAAUGGAGAAUGUACUGAUGGUGUGUUACUUCCUGCCUGGUUGCCACAUCCACCAUCAACAGGUGAUCGAGCAGCACGCGCCAUUGUAUAUUUUGUGGCACUGGUAUACAUGUUCUUGGGAAUGUCCAUAAUAGCUGACCGAUUUAUGGCAUCUAUUGAGGUCAUUACUUCACAAGAGAGGCGAAUCACAUUCAGACACCCAAAUGGGGAGGUGACAGUAACAAGUGUACGCAUAUGGAAUGAAACAGUUUCCAACCUUACCCUAAUGGCAUUAGGUUCCUCAGCUCCAGAGAUUUUACUUUCUAUCAUUGAAGUAGUUGGAAGAGGCUUCGAACCUGGAGACAUGGGACCCAGCACCAUUGUUGGCUCAGCUGCAUUUAACAUGUUUGUUAUAAUUGGACUAUGUGUUAUGGUAGUCCCUGAUGGUGAAACUCGUCGAAUUCGUCACCCACGGGUUUUUGCAGUCACAGCUUUUUGGAGCGUCUUUGCAUAUGUUUGGCUGUUCCUCAUUUUGUCUUGGUCCUCACCGGGAGAGGUGGAGAUAUGGGAAGCACUACUGACAUUUUUGUUCUUCCCAAUAUGUGUCCUACAGGCCUGGAUAGCUGACAGGCGGUUGUUAUUUUACCGUUACUCAGGAAGAAGAGCAGGCAGAGCAAAGUACAGAGCUGGCAAAAGCAGAGGAGUUUUGGUUGGUGCAGAAGAUGCAGUUGCUCAAGAGGAUGCAGGAGAGAUGAGCAUGGCUGGAAAUGAAAGAGCUGUAGAUUUUGAGGAGGAAGAGGAAGAGGAACGGAGAGAUAUGGCCAGAGUGUUUAAAGACAUGCGUCAGCGAUUUCCUGGUAAAGACAUGGAACAACUUAUGGAACUAGCAAAUUACCAGACACUUGUUCAACAACAAAAAAGCAGAGCAUUUUAUAGGAUCCAAGCCACGAGGAUGAUGAUCGGUGCAGGAAAUGUACUAAAGAAGCAUGCAGCAGAUCAGGCAAGGAGAGCAUUGACAGAUGGUGGGACCAGAGAUGACGUGGGUAGGCGAGGUGAAGAAGAUGAUCAGUGGACAGAGGUGGAAUUUGAACACACACAUUACCAGUGUUUUGAAAAUUGCGGAACAGUUAGUGUUUGGGUCUUUUGUAAAAGAGUUAAUGGUGAAGGGGCUGUUCAGGUAGACUAUAGAACUGAAGAUGGUACAGCCAAUGCGGGGUCAGACUAUGAAUUGUUAGAAGGCACACUUGUGUUCCAGGCUGGUGAAACCAGAAAAGAACUGCGUCUGGGCAUUAUUGAUGACGAUGUAUUUGAGGAAGAUGAACAUUUCUAUGUGCAACUGAGCAACCCACGCAGAGCAAGAGGUGUAAAGGAGGGGCAAGGUAGAGUAAGGCUUGGGGCUGGGAAGAGAGCCACAGUGACUAUAUUUGAUGAUGACCAUGCUGGUAUCUUUAGCUUUGACUCAAGUAGCAUGAGAGUAAGUGAGAGUGUGGGUACCAUGAGGGCAAAGGUGGUACGGGGGUCAGGAGCAAGAGGGAAAGUUGUGAUUCCUUACAGGACAAGCGAGGGAACAGCAAAAGCAGGAGAGGACUACCUGGAAGUGGCUGGAAAAGUGGAAUUCCAAAAUGAUGAGACCACGGGAUACAUAGAGAUACAGAUAAUUGAUGAUGAAGAGUAUGAGAAAAACAAGAACUUCCUUAUUGAACUUGGGGAGCCAGAAAUGCAACGAGGAGGGGAGUCUGGAGAAAAAUGGGUGGUGUGCACCAAAAGUGGUGAAGAGAUUGCUGGAAGUCCCAGCUUAGGGGAGCACAGCAAGAUGGAAGUGAUCAUUGAAGAAUCUUAUGAAUUCAAGAACACAGUAGACAAGUUGAUUAAGAAGGCAAAUUUGGCUUUGGUUGUUGGAAGCAGCAGCUGGAGAGAACAGUUUGUCAGUGCAGUCACAGUCAGUGCAGGAGAUGAUGAUGAUGAGGAGAGCAGUGAGGAAGGGCUGCCCAGUUGCUGUGACUACAUCAUGCAUUUCCUGACCGUCUUCUGGAAGGUUCUCUUUGCCUUUGUGCCCCCCACUGAGUACUGGGGGGGCUGGGCCUGCUUUCUGGUCUCCAUCUGCAUCAUUGGGAUCCUCACUGCUGUCACUGGCGACCUGGCUGCACACUUUGGCUGCACUGUUGGGCUGAAAGACUCCGUCACCGCUGUGGUCUUUGUUGCUUUGGGUACAUCUGUGCCAGACACAUUUGCCAGCAAAGUAGCCGCAGUUCAAGAUCCUCAUGCUGAUGCUUCCAUUGGUAACGUGACUGGUAGCAAUGCAGUUAAUGUUUUCUUAGGCUUAGGAGUGGCGUGGAGUAUUGCUUCUAUAUUUUGGGCUGGAAAGGGCAAGAGCUUCCAUGUGCAGCCAGGGAGCCUGGCCUUUUCUGUAACCCUUUUCACAGGGCUCUCUAUUGUUUGCCUCUGUGUUCUACUUUACCGCCGACGUCCACCUGUAGGAGGAGAACUUGGGGGUCCUCGGAUUCCAAAAAUACUGACUAGUAUUUUCUUCUUUAGCCUCUGGUUGGUGUACAUUUUACUUGCAUCGCUAGAGGCAUACUGUCACAUCCCUGGCUUUUAAAGGAUUGUGUGCCUCAAUGCAAUGAGCUACAGCAGUUCUAUACAAUGUGUCUUCCCAGGAUCCUUUGGUCAGUUCCAGUAAAACAUUUUAGCCAUUAGUAUGUGAAAACGAUAUGGACAUUAACAAUAUUAAACAGCCUGGUGCAAA